UAAGCCUAUCAUGUGACAGAAUUACAAGUACAAGAUAGCUCAAGGUCGAUUUUUGUUCAAUCGUUCCAAUUAUCGUUCCUUCACUUUGAAAACACACGCUGCUAGCUGCACAGACGACAACAGACGACAUAGGUCAGCUCUCAGCUGUAUUUCAUACUCUACACACAGACAACUACAAAUACAAUCUUUAGGUUAAAUGGACAACGAUACGAGAGUCGAUGAUCAUGAAAAAGUAUGGAUAUACAACAGAGUAAUCACGCCGAGAGGAGAAAAUGACAAAAUAUACAACCUUAUGUACAUCAUAAAUGAAUCGACAAUUUGAACACAGUUUACAAUAAUCCAAUAAUAUUUCAAAUCCGGCGGAUCAGUUGAUAGUUGAGAGCGGGAUCAAAGGUUAUGUCUAUGACAGAAGGAAACCUUUGAAACAAGUAGAUUUCAACAGAACAUACCAUUAUUCCAAAGUGAAGAGAAAGGAUGCUUCUCAUGCUUUCGUGGAACGAUGCCAAAAAUUCAGUAUACUUAAUUCUGUGAUUACAUUGUUUCCUAUAUUAAAAUGGUUGCCAAAAUACAAAUGGAAAACAGAAUUCCACCAUGAUGUGAUAUCUGGAAUAACUGUAGGCAUUUUACACAUACCUCAAGGUUUAGCUUAUUCGUCACUAGGAUUGGUGCCACCAAUAGUUGGAAUUUAUAUGGCAUUUUUUCCAGUACUUAUAUAUACCCUGAUGGGGACGUCCAGGCAUAUAUCUAUGGGAACAUUUUCUGUGAUAUGUAUGAUGACUAGCAAACCAGUAUUGGAAUAUGCUAUCACGAUGGAUGAUAGUAGUAGUAAUAAUAAUGAUAAUAUGCUGUUUAAUAGCUCAUUUGUGGAAAGUGAUGAUAUGUCUGGCUUGGUGGGCUCAACGUUGAGUCCUGUGCAGGUGGCAACUGCAGUAUGUCUUGUUGUUGGCUUCUGGCAGGUAUUGUUCGGUAUUUUACGAUUGGGUUCUCUAAGUGUGCUCAUGUCGGAAUUUUUAGUGAGUGGAUUUACUACUGGUGCUGCUUUCCUUGUACUCACUUCACAACUCAAGCAUAUAUUUGGCUUGAAAUUGCCUAAAAAGACUGGCCAAUUCAAAACCAUCUAUACUUACAUAGACACAAUAUCAAUGAUUGACGAUUCAAAUAUUUAUGCCAUUGCCUUGACGGUAACUGUAGUGAUGAUCAAUGCCAUUUUCAAUGAAUACAUCAAGCCAAUUAUUAGCAAAAGAUGUCCUGUGCCUGUUCCUAUGGAAUUGUUGAUGAUUAUUGGAGGAUCCACAUUAUCAUCUUUUUUGGAUCUACCCAACAAAUAUGGAGUGACUGUUGUUGGCGAUAUUCCUACUGGUUUUCCUGAACCAACCCUUCCACCUCUGUGGCUUUUACCAAAGUUGGCUGUUGAUGGAUUUUUAAUAGCAUUAGUUGCAUUUUCUGUCAACAUUUCAAUGGCUUCAAUUUUUGCAAAAAGAGACAAUUAUGAUAUUGAUGCCAACCAAGAACUAUUAGCUUCUGGUUGUGGAAAUUUGUUUGCAUCAUUGUUCAGCUGCAUUCCGUUCUGUGCAUCGCUAUCAAGGAGCUCGAUUCAGUACUCGGUGGGCGGCAAGACUCAGUUGGCCAGUGCCAUUUCAUGCAUCUUUCUAACAGGGGUACUAUUGUAUGUGGGACCGUUCUUUGAGCCACUUCCAAACAGCGUAUUAACAGGAAUAAUAAUAGUUGCUCUGCGAAGUAUGUUCUACCAAGUGAAGGAGUUUUGGAGCGCCUGGAAACAGUCGAAACGAGAUGGAUUCAUUUGGAUGACAACAUUCAUAUCAGUCAUUCUUUUCGAUAUUGAUGUAGCGCUGAUAAUUGGUCUCACCAUUUCUGUGAUCAGUUUAGUGAUAAUUGGUCAGAAGCCUUCUAUUGCCACCCUGGGCCGUAUUCCAUCCACAAGUAUCUAUUUAGACCAGAAGCGAUAUCAAGCAGAAAAAGUUCCUGGUAUACUAAUUCUCCAAGUAGCUGGAGCCAUGAACUUUGCCAAUAAGGAAGCAAUUCGUGUGAAGUUAUUGAAACUUCUUCAUAAAAGCAUCAAGUCUCAUCAGAAUAAUCAGGUAUUUUUAUUAGUCAUGAUGGGAUUACCCCUACUCAGGGAUAGAUUUACUUGCUCUUUCUUAUAUUUCGCUCUUGGUACUAUUUGCUCAUCUUAUAGAGUUGGUAUAAACACUAAUGUAAAAUCUAAAAUUAUAAAUCAUUUAUGCACAUAAUUUUGUCUUCAAAUA